GACAAAACAUAUGUUAACGAUGAGUUAGAUAAAAAAGCUGACAAAACAUAUGUUAACGAUGAGUUAGAUAAAAAAGCUGACAAAACAGAGCUUCAAACGUUAAAGACAGAAAUACUUCAAACACUAUAUCCUAUAGGCUCUAUUUAUACGUCAAUGAACUCUACCAGACCAGAAGUAGUACUUGGUUUUGGAACUUGGACUCAAAUAGUCGACAGGUUUUUGUAUUGUGCAAACUCUUCAAAGGAAACAGGUGGAAGUAAAACGAUUUCAGGUGCAAAUUUACCUGCGCACAGUCACUACAUAAAUUUAAGUACAUCUGAAGCAGGUUUGCAUAGUCAUAGAUUUUGGGAUUGGUCAGGAAUGACAAAAGGUAAAGGAUAUGAUGUUAAAGAGGACGUUAAGUUUGCUAUAAAUUGUUACUGGAGUAACACUGAGGUAGGAGGAAGCCAUACACAUCGCGUUUCAGGGUAUACGCAAACAACGGGACAGAGUAAAGACUACAUGCCACCUUACAUGACAGUUUACGCAUGGUAUAGAAAUGCUUAG